UUCAUGGCCCCAAAACAAAAAAAAUCAAAAAUUUGCAGAUCCCUGCAGUUUUCCUCUCCUCAAGUCCUAGUCCUCAUCCGUGAGCCCACAUGGCUCUCUGUUUUCUCUCCAUGAAGACAUGGAUGAAGACAUUGUAGUAUUUUGGAUCUGCUGCUCUUUGUUCUGAUCCUCGAAGAGCUUGCUACACAAUUAAAUACACAAGUUCAAAGUGCCAAUACCCACGUGCCCCUUUCUCAUAUAUUCCAACAAGAAGAGCUCUAUACAAAGCAUUGAUCAAAGUUUUUGGUUGAAUAUAACAGUGCCCAUUAUCUUCAAUGGAGAUAAUUUUACAGUAUCCUCCUCUAUUUGCCUUCUUUUUCUUGGUAUCUUGGAUUUUGAUAGAGUUCUUGAGGUUGAGGAGGGUGGAGUGUCAAGAGAGGAGAGUGUUUAGAGAUAGGAAAUUUACAGUCAUUGCUGAGAUUAUAACUUUAUUUAGCCUGUUAAACUCUUCAAUCUAUCUCGGUUUUGUUGGUUAUGAGGUUUUGAGGCUGAGGUUAAUCUCUCUGGGGUGUUUUUCUCAAGCUGGGUCAUGGAUUAUUGUAACAGUUUUUGCUUUUUACUGCAAAGGAAAAGUUUUGAGAGGCAGCAGCAGUUGGCCUUUUGUUCUUGUCUCUUGCUGGGUUUUCUCUGGACUCAUGCAGUUAUCUUUGUUGUCCUUCUCCUUCAUCAGACAUCUUGGGCUCGCUGCAUUGCCUAGUUUUUUGCCAGAUUCUUCGGUUGCCGACUUGAUUUGCGUCCCCUUCACAAUUUUCCUCUGUUUCAGUUCAGUUUCUAUGAAUUCAUCAAGAAAUUUUCAGGAGCUUGAACAGCCUUUGUUGGUGAAGAAAGAAGAAGAGGAUGAUUUUUCGACUGCAGGUUUAUGGAGUAAGCUCACCUUCCAAUGGCUGAACCCUGUUUUCAGAAAAGGCCGGGCUCAGAGGCUAGAACUUCAACAUAUCCCCUCAGUGCCUAAAUCCGAAACUGCAGAAGUUUCAUAUUCAUCGCUGCAAGAGUCGCUCGAGAAACAAAAGCCCGAGUUCUCACCACUGCUUAGAGCGAUCAUCAGUGCAGUUUGGGGACCUCUAGGCAUCAAUGCAGUUUUUGCAGGCAUCAACACACUGUCAUCGUAUCUCGGUCCUUUCCUGAUUGCAAACUUCGUCAACUUUCUAUCUGGUGAGGACUCAAAGCUCGGCCAUGGCCAUGGCUACUCCCUUGCAUUGCUGUUCUUCUUUGGCAAAAUGGCGGAGUCGCUGUCUCAGAGGCAAUGGUACUUCGGUGCAAGCCAAAUUGGCGUUCGUGUCAGAGCAUCAUUAAUGGUUUCUAUCUACAACAAAUCUCUCGCGAUAAAGUAUUCAAACACAAUCAGUGGAAAGAUCAUCAAUUUCCUUGACCUUGAUGUUGAAAGGGUCGGAGAUUUUUUCUGGUACAUCCAUGGGAUCUGGUUGCUCCCACUUCAAGUCUUUCUAGCUCUGUUCAUUCUCAACAGGAAUCUGGGAUUCACUGCAUCCAUAUCCGCUUUCCUCACUACAGUUAUAGUGAUGGUGAGCAAUACACCACUGGCCAAUUCUCAGGAAAAGCUGCAUUCUAAAAUCAUGGAAGCGAAGGAUUCGAGGAUUAAAGCCACAGCAGAGACAUUGAAAUGUAUGAGAAUCCUAAAGCUGCACUCUUGGGAGACUGCGUACUUAGACAAGCUCUUUGCACUCAGAGAUGUAGAGAGGCGAUGGCUUAAGCGAUAUCUUUACACUUGCUCGGCCAUUGCCUUUCUCUUCUGGGCAUCUCCCACUUUAGUAUCAGUCGUAGCCUUUGGGGUUUGUAUUCUAGUGAAGGUGCCAUUGACUCCUGGCAGGGUUCUUUCCGCUCUAGCGACGUUUAGAAUCCUGCAAGAGCCUAUCUACAAUCUCCCUGAGCUCAUAUCAAUGAUAACUCAGACGAAAGUAUCACUAGACCGAAUCCAAGAAUUCAUCAGAGACGAGCAGAAGAAAAAUCCUUUGCCUACAUUCACUACAGGAUUAUCAGAUGUAGCAGUGGAUAUUGAGCCAGGGAACUACACGUGGGAACCUGACUCAAGUCUGAGAAAAUCAGUACUGAUGAUUGAUAAGAAGAUAAAGAUCAAAAGAGGACAGAAAGUCGCGGUUUGUGGAUCAAUUGGUGCAGGCAAAUCUAGCUUUCUUUGCAGCAUACUCGGAGAGAUACCGAAGAUGUCUGGUCGACAGACUAAAGUGUUUGGAUCGAAAGCGUACGUUCCUCAGAGUGCUUGGAUUCAGACAGGAACUAUUCGAGAGAAUGUGUUAUUUGGGAAGGAGAUGGACAACAAAGUGUAUGAGGAAGUAAUACAGGGUUGUGCUUUGGAAAGAGAUAUUGGGCUUUGGAUUGAUGGAGACAUGAGUCUAGUAGGAGAAAGGGGAAUGAAUCUAAGUGGAGGGCAGAAGCAAAGGAUUCAGCUUGCAAGAGCAGUUUACAGUAAUUCAGAUGUUUACUUGCUUGAUGAUCCCUUCAGUGCGGUUGAUGCUCACACUGCAGCACAUCUCUUCAAGGAGUGUCUAAUGCGGCUCUUGUCUUCUAAGACUGUCAUCUAUGUUACCCAUCAACUGGAAUUUCUGAAUGCUGCAGAUCUCAUUUUGGUAAUGCAUAAGGGGAAAAUUGUUCAAUCAGGAAAGUAUGAGGACCUAAUUGCAGAUAGUAAUGGGGAGCUUGUACGACAAAUUAAUGCACAUAACCAGUCACUGAGCCAUGUAACUCCACCGAAUGAGCAUAACCCAUCAACAUGCACACAAAAUAAGGAAAAGCAAACAGAUGUACAAGAAAUUAAAACAAAUUAUCAAAUCCGAAACUCUGAAGCCCCAGAGAAAGCAUAUGAAGAGGAACGGGAAUCUGGAAGAGUGAAAUGGGAUGUUUAUCGGACUUUCGUGACUUCAGCAUAUAAGGGAGCUCUCGUGCCAGUAAUACUUUUAUGCCACGUUUUAUUCCAAGGACUACAAAUGGGAAGCAAUUUUUGGAUUGCAUGGGCAACUGAUAAAGAAGAGUUCAUCAGUAGAAAGAAACUGAUUGGGGUGUUUGUUCUGUUGUCAGUGGCUAGCUCGUUGUUUGUUUUGGGGCGGGCAAUUUUGCUAACGACAGUCGCCAUUGAGACAGCUCAGCGCCUCUUCCAUGGCAUGAUGACAAAGAUUUUCCGAGCUCCGAUCUUCUUCUUUGACUCCACGCCUUCCAGCCAAAUACUUAAUAGGUCUUCCACAGAUCAAAGCACGCUUGACACAGACAUUCCAUAUAGAGUAGCGGGAUUAGUGUUCGCGCUUAUUCAGCUCCUAUGCAUCAUAGCUCUAAUGUCUCAAGUUGGAUGGCCAGUAUUAGUUCUCUUCGUCAUCGUACUUGCAAUCUCCUUCUGGUAUCAGAAUUACUACAUCAGUUCUGCAAGGGAAUUAGCAAGAAUGGUUGGAAUUAGAAAAGCUCCAAUUCUUCACCAUUUCUCGGAGUCCAUAGCUGGAGCUUCAACCAUCCGCUGCUUCGGUCAGGAAGAACGCUUCUCAGUGAGAAACUUGGCUCUGAUCGAUGACUACUCUCGCAUCACAUUUCAUAAUUCCGCAACCAUGGAGUGGUUAUGUGUUCGCAUCAAUUUCCUCUUUAACCUGGUGUUCUUCCUAGUACUGAUUAUAUUGGUAACCAUGCCAAGGAAUGCUAUUGAUCCCAGCCUUGCAGGGCUCGCUGCAACCUACGGUCUCAAUCUGAAUGUACUGCAGGCUUGGGUUAUAUGGAACCUAUGUAAUGUCGAGAACAAGAUGAUAUCCGUAGAAAGGGUUCUUCAGUUCUCCAAUAUAUCAAGUGAGGCUCCAUUGGUCAUUCAGAACUGCAGGCCAGAAAAAGACUGGCCAAGGUGUGGAACCGUUGAGAUUGACAAUUUGUAUGUCCGGUACAAUCCAGGACGCCCUCUGGUUCUCAAAGGAAUUAGCUGCACUUUACCAGGAGAAAAGAAAAUCGGUAUUGUAGGAAGGACAGGGAGUGGGAAGUCCACUCUUAUUCAAGCUCUGUUUAGAGUAGUAGAACCCUCAGCAGGGAGGAUAAUGAUCGAUGGAGCUGAUAUUUGUCAGAUGGGUCUACAUGAUUUGAGGUCUAGAUUAAGCAUCAUACCUCAAGAGCCAACACUUUUUCAAGGAACAGUGAGGACUAAUCUGGAUCCUCUACAGGAGCAUUCGGAUUCAGAAAUAUGGGAGGCCCUAUAUAAGUGCCAGCUUCUGGAGAUAGUUAAACAAGAUCAGAGGCUACUUGAUGCACCAGUUGCGGAAGACGGAGAGAAUUGGAGCGUGGGACAGAGGCAGCUUGUUUGCUUAGCCAGGGUACUGCUUAAGAAGCGGAGAAUCCUAGUCAUGGAUGAGGCUACAGCUUCGGUAGACACUGGAACAGAUAAUUUUAUCCAAAAGACAAUAAGAGCAGAAGCCAACAACUGCACUGUGAUCACCGUUGCUCACAGAAUACCAACAGUCAUUGACAGCGACCUGGUUCUGGUACUUGAUGAAGGAAAAAUUUUGGAGUUCAGUCCUCCAGGCGAUCUUCUCCGAGACAAAACAUCAGCUUUCUCAAAGUUGGUGAUGGAAUUCUUGUCGAGGUCUAGGAAUAACCACGACUCAGAGCUCUAUUUAAAAUGACGGUCGCCAUAGGAUCAUCAUGGAGCCCUUCAUGUUCUCGAUGUGCAGUUCACUAAUGUCAAAGGCAGUUGCAGAAUACAACUUUGUUACCGGCAGGACAAAAAACUAACCUACCAUAGAAAUUAUACUAGGAUAUAGAUUAACAGGUAGAGAGAGGAUCAAGACAGCAGGAAAAGAUAGUUUACAGAUAAAGAUGCUUCUAAAUGGGUUGAUAUAGUUAAUGUACGAUUUACUGACGCAGAAGUACAGAAAGUUUUAUUUUCAUGUUUCUAUUUAGUGUUCCUAUGAGAAAAGUGACUUAAAUUGU